UUUUUUUUCCUGGCCGGUUCGAGCUUGACUUGGAGGGCGUGGUGUUGACUGAGAACUGUCGAGAUGGCGUCAGCGUCUGCCCAGGGAGCCGUGGCGGACAACACGACAGAGGCUGCCACUUAUGAAAAAGUCAAGUGGAAGAAGCUUGGCGUCGAAGAAAAAACAGGCAAACCUCAGUUCAUUGAGCUGGACACAAGUUCUGAGACAUCGAGCAAGCGAUUUUAUCAGAAUUUCAACACCUUCAACAUGAUCUCCAUGUACAACUUUAAGGGCGGUGUGGGCAAGACGACCACGACAUUUGCGCUUGGCUGUGAGCUUGCGAAACACCACGCUCAACAUGGCGCAGACGCACUUGGCCACAAGCCUUACGCGCCAUUGUGGAAGCCAGAGGACGUGCCUGGCGUGCUCAUCGUCGACUUGGAUCCCCAGUGCUCUCUGACGGCACUUGCAUUGCGUCGCACCGUUUUGAAGGAGUUUGGGACCGAGGACUACGAGAAAUUUUAUGAUGUCCACUACGAUCGCGUCAGCAACUGGAACGUGUACGAUGCCAUCAAAAACGUCUUGGACGACAAAAAGCGAGCAGCUCUUGAGCCAGCCACGCUCACGCGCUUGAAGCUUUGCAAAGACGGUGUUGUUGGCAGCCGGGACGGAGCCAGUGGGGAGCCAUCGCGAAAAAAGUCCAAGCGCGUCGACGAAGAAAAAAGCGAGGAGCAGACGCCACGGCUUUACCUUCUGCCUGGCCACAUGAAGAUGGCCCUGGCAUCCACACAGCUCGAAGUGGCAAGCACUGACCAUCGAUUUGUUCGCCAGUUGGGUGUCCUGUAUCACUUGCUCUGGAUGACAGCUGCAGCUUACAACAUUCACACCAUUCUGCUCGAUCUUCCACCAGCCCUUGGGGGCGUCACGAAGAUCUCGCUGCUUUCUUCGCACUACUUUGUGAUACCUUUUUUUCCCGAUUUUUUUUCUCGUGAGGCUGUGAGAAACCUUGCGGGCGUGCUUCAACCAGCUCAAGCGCAAGGUUUGGCAGAGCCUCAAUCCAACUGGGCCAACUGGCUGCAAAUGGUGCUUGGUUACGAUCGAAGCCAGUGGAAAUUCUCAACAGUGGACACCCCAUAUUUUUUCCCGGAUCAUUCAGGGGCUCAAGGUUCCUGGGCAAAAAGCCUUGAGAGGGAGCUCCGUCAGACAGGCGUUCGGUUUGAUUCUGAUGGCUUUGUACUUGAGGAGGCACUGUCACCGUGUGCUUUGGCAAAGCGACCUUUCCCUUUGAAGCAACAUGGGCAAGAUUUUGAUUCACCAGGCCCCAAAUUUCUUGGAGGCAUUCUCACAAAGUUUGCACCUGUUUACCAGACGCUGAAAGGAGAGGGCGUGGUUGCCAAACAAUCGCUCGUGAAGCCUCAAGAAGUUGCGGGGAUGAGAGAGAUGGUGAGGAACGACCAAGAUUGGUAUGGCAAGGCGAAAACCGCCUUGGAAUCUAUUGGCUCUCAAACAAUCGAAGAACGAGUUGUCGACCCAUGCUUUGUGCUGCGACGUGAACACGUCAAUGCACUUCAUCCCGACGCCACGGCUCGCGACUUUCCCGUCCUGGAGCAGAUCGAUGAGUUCUACCAGCUGGCUGCCAUCAGCCAGCGUGAAAGCUGCCCUGUCCACCUUUUGCAGAAAGAACACCUGAAAUCACAUGAAGCUAACAACGGUGUUCUAACUUUGACACCGCUUCAAAAAGUCAACAAACAUCUGGGUAACAUCAACCGCUUUGCUUUCCUUUUCCAGAACUGUGCAGAGAUCAUUAUCAACCUGACCCACCGGCCUGAACGUCACGAUCAGCUUGGUCAUUAA